GCAGCCCCGGCAACCUCAGCACCUGCGGCAGCCUCAGCGCCUGCGGCUGAUACGGGGCCGAGCACAGAGACGCGAGAAUUCACCUUGUCCUGGGAGGAGAAGGACAUGUUUUUUGAGGUUGUGGACCGAAAGAUGAAGGAGCUUAUGGCUGAUCUGGGAUGGUCGGACCCAGCUGAGCUCGAGCGUGCGGUCCCUUUCUUCGAUCCGGACCCGCAUGUGGUCGAUAGCUCGGGAUCCCGGGUAGAAGGCCCGAUGAUGCUCUUUGCAGACGAUCCUUCUGGCUUUCCCCUGACCUUCCGGUUCAAGCUACCUCGGCGCAAGGUGGAGUCUACAGAGCCCAGCCCAGAUGAGAAGGAGGCAGAGCAUGUAGAGGAGGCCAAGGAGGAGGAAGUAGAUGCAGCGGAGGAAGCGGAGGCAGAGGGGGAGCCUGCAGAGGCUAAGUCCGAAAGCCCGGAGCCCCCAGAGGCUCCCAAACGUACACCUCAGGAGUGCUUGCAGCAACUGCUGGACACACCUGGCCUCACACUGGUCUUUGCACAUCCGCGGCCCAAAUCGGUUCAGCUUCACGAGAGCUUUGGCGCUACUGGAAAGGCUUGCUGGAAGCGAGUAAAGGUGCCAGGUGAUUAUGCUGAGUUUGAGUUCUCCACGGAUGGUGAUGGGGGCGACAAACCCGACAAGCGUUGGGGCGUGCUCGCUUUGGCAAUGCCUGCCACGUCGGAUGACGACAGCAUGCAAGAAAAGGUUGACAGCUUUUUGGGAAAAUGGGUGGAGGAGCUACGGCGUGCGACCGGCAGUAUGGAGUCGCCCACGGUGGAGCGUGAUGCCUGGGACGAGGCCCGCCUACGAGCGCUUUGCGCUCGCCAUGGCUGGGAGUUUGAGUGGAUGACAGAAGACGGAGAACGUCGAAGGAGAGCCCACGAGCAGUGGGACGUGCUCAAGCUCUCAACGCCAGCGCUGCCUGCUGACACUGCAGAGCCAGACGGCACAUCCGGCACACCCUGA